AUGGGCCUCCUCGCCGGGAGAACGCUGCCGUUCCGGUGGAGAUAUGCUGUGGCUCUUUGGUUACUUCAGGCAAGAGAAUUAGGGUUUCAUUGAGUCGUAUCUCAUGAUCUCUCGGAGCUUGAUGUUCCUGUCGUUGAUGCAAUGUUGGAUUGCACUUCAUUUGGGUGGCGUGCAUUUGAUUUGAGAAUUCUUCACGAAGGAUUUCGAACGAUUCUUAUGGCCUUUCCUUGGAUAGACUUUCAAAAAACUUUUGUUGGACAAUCCUAGACGUAGCUUCCAUGAAUUAUAGCGUAUGUAUUUCUCCUCGUCCACCAGCUGAUUUCUCCUGGAUCAACGCGUGGCUUUGAGUGAUAGGCAGAAACAAUCGACUCUGUCGCAUUUAGAAUUGAAGAUCUAUUCUAGUCUUCCAAAGUAUGAUCUACAAUAUCAUCUCGACGAGCUUCUAGACGUUCUCAUCCCCCUUCCAAGACUGGACUUUCUGCGGAGAUUUUGUACCCGGCUCCAGAUGGAAGACCGAGUUUUGCAGUAGGCCACGCUUAUAAGAUGGAGCAGCACACGUCCACUUCACUUUUGUCUGCUCGUUCUACCUUCAUAAGUUGCUUUGCUCUUCAGACAUAAUUUCAUAAGAGUGGUUUCUAGCUUAAGCUCACACAUCUGAUUUUUAGGACUGAAAUCUCUCAAUAUGUCUAGGUUUAGGGCAUUUCUGAUCUAUCGACCUUGUCACACGCGAAGUUCGUUUUUCUGUGCCCAUAUUUUCUUCAAUCAUCAUUGAGAUAUUUCCCCUGGGUAAGUUUCUGUAUUGUUCUGCUUUUGAGAAGAGUGCUUAUUAUCUUCUUGGAGGAUGCCUCAAGAUAAAUACACGAAUCUCCUCUGAAAUUGAAUCACUUGCUCGGUGUUUAAUCGAGUCCAAGAUUUCUUUUGGUUGUAAGAUGACUAUGGUAACCGUCAAUCUUUCGUCUGACAAAAGAGCGCUCAUUUCAAAGUGUUGGUGAACUUGUGAUUUCUUUUGUUCUCAGGCCUGUAUGCCCUAAAUCAAAAAACCAACUGUGGUGUGUGUUGCAUGUUUUCAGAUAUCAAAGUGGGUCUUUUGGCUGGCAAACUAAAAUGUAUGGGGAGUCCCAAGUCGUUAUAUAAACGAUCCCUGCUGUACGAUCAUAGUUUUUUUUUCCUGCCUUUUAGAUCCUUGCUCUCUUGAGCUUUUCAAUGCAAACUAUCCGAAAGGUUUAUUGGAUUUUCAGAAUUAUCACACUUGAAAGUUUUUGCGAAUGUGUGAUACUAUAGAAAUGAUUCUAUGAAUUUUUGGUUGCAGUUUUACUAACGGAACUUCAUGUUCAUGUAUCUAACAUGGCAUAACUUCGUGUGUGCAGAUAUCCAUAACCGUGUCUUCAGGGAGUUCUCAAGUGUCUAUUCUGGAGUCCAAUGUUACCUUACAGUAAGAAAAUAUCUUCAUUAGAUGGAUUAGAUGAAUGAGAACUUGCUGUAUUACUUCUUAAUGACAUUCUUAAUGUUUUUGUACCAUAUUCUAAUCUCAUUUAUCACUUACUGACCAGUAUGAUUUUUCUGUAAAUUGAAAUUGUCUACAGCUAUGCUAUUGGUUUGUUUAUACAUUCAUGUAUCUGCAGUAUACGGGUGCUAUGAUAGGAUCUUCUGCAUCAUCUCAGUAUUUGGAUCUUUUUUAUAGUAUUACUUCUCAAAAAAGUAGCACGAAUGUAAUUGGUUUCUUUUCCUAUAUUUACGAAUCUGAUACCGCGUCCACAAAAUAUUUCCUUGUAAUUUUAUUCAUAAAACUGUCCAUAAUGUAUCUAAUAUUUGCUGUCCAGUGACGUAAGAAUUUUUACUCAUAAUGUAGAUCCUACUAUGAUCCGUAUUAGCCGGGAUGCCUUCGUAUUAAAGUGGUUCUAAGAUUUUCGUAACUUGAUCUCUUCGUUCCCAAGGAAUGAAAGCCAUCAAGUGAAGGGUGUGAGUGAUAAAUAAAUGAAUAUUCUGCUAGAGGAAAAGAUGGAAUUUUCUCAAAAAGCAGUAGACAAGAUGGUUCGGACAUUGCAGAAAAUUCUCAAGAUAUAGAGGCAUGCAUGGAUCACAGUUGAUCAGGCAAGAUUAUGGCAGAAUGUGGAUAAGGGAUGAUCACAUCUGAUGCAAGUAUCCAGGGUCCAAGUAGUUUGAUUAAUUUUAUUGGCUCUGUUGGGAGCUGUUUCACUCCCCAGUACACACGAGGUGAAACAGAUGGUGUUUGGUUGAUGAUGCCACAACUUCGACAUAUUUCCUCAUUUUUAUACAACUUAAGAGUUCAUUGCCAUUCAAUGAUGAUCUUUCACUAGAAUAUGCCUACCUGUUUGUGCAAAAUUUAUUCUGCUUUUGAAAUCAACAUUUCUGUUUAUCUAAGCGAUUUAAAUCCUCAAGUUUUUUAUUCCUGGCUUUCAGAAAAAUACAAAAGGAAGGGUACUGCUCCAUGUAUGGUCUUUGCGGGAAGCGCAGUGAUGGAAAGCUUCUCAACUGCCCCCUUGCUGUCCCUUCUGUUAAGGUGAGGAAUAGUUUAUGUUGUUAGUAUUUGUAAAUCCUUGUUCAUCUCUCAUGGAUAACUCGUAAUUGGAAAUGAUCUAUGGCUCAAUCCAUUAUUUGUACUUAACUUUUGGAGAAUUCAGGUGCGGCCUAACUUUUCACUAUUUUUUCAGUUUUCACAUAUUAAUUAUUUUUUAUUGAGGUUAAUGCGUAUCAUUAUUUAACUUAUCGUUAUCAUGGUCAAAAUGUUAAUUAUUAACUUUUUUCGGUGUUCAGCCUGAUGAAUUGCUUUCUUCAAAGAUUCAAAGCUUGUGCCCUGAAAUCACUGGUAAUAUCUGCUGCACAGCAGAUCAGUUUGACACAUUACGUACCCAAGUCCAGCAAGUAAGUAUAAAUUAAUGUUCGAAAAUGUCAUUUAAAUUAUUUUAUUUUCUAUCUUUUUCUUUGAAGCAUGGACAAGGUUGUUGCCGUUAACAUUUUUUGUUCCAUUUCUACUCACAUUUUUUAACCUUUUAUGGAAGUUUGACAAAUUGAUUAUAGAUAAUAAUGGACUAGGUCGGGGCUGUUCAUUUUCUCGAGGCUUGUACUAGGCCCGGAUAGCUGAGUAAAUAGGGGUAAAACUGGUAGUAGGACUAAGGGUUGGUGGGCACUGACGGAGGGGGGCAACCAUAAUUUCGGAUGCGGGGGUGUGGGGUCUGGAACAGGAAGAAGUAUUAGUAUGUGAGACUCGUGGACCUAUUUACAUAGAUUGGAAAUAAUAAUCCAACCCGUAAUACAAUGAAGUGUUUGUUAAAAUUUUUGGAACUAUUCCUGAACUCUUCUAAACUUCUGCCCAUACUUUGCAUUACAUGGAACAUAGUAUUCAAGGAGUGACCGAGGUGAUGACUCGACGAGAAGGUGAUUCAUAAUCCUUAAACAUUUAGGUUGCCAGGUAUCUAAACGUGAAUUCGAGGGCCAUUUGGAGUAGAUGUAUCGAGCAUUGAUAUCAUAAGAAUCCACAUUAACUAUUCACUUCAAAUGUAAGCUAGAUAUAAUGUUAUAUCUAGCAUUGAUACGAAGUAUAUUUUAUUUUAUAAAAAAAUAUUCAUUGUACUUUGUUGUGAUGUUAAUACUCUACCCAUGUUAUUUUCUGUGAUGACUUGUUUGCCAGAUUUUAGUAUUUAUGGACAGAAACGGAUGUGAUUAUGAAGUAAUCUUUUACCUUACAGUGAUUUUGGAACUGAUUUAAAUAUAGGUGUAGUUUGUAACUGCACGCCAUUGUUUCCUAGCUCUUUGUCUUCUUUCAUAGAUAGCAUUACAGUAUCUAAUAAUUCUUGGAAUUGAGAUAAGCAAGAUAGGGGCCAUUGUGUUUGGUCGUUUUUUUCCUUUGAUUGGUUAACUUAUAGUCUAUUAGUUUUGCUUGGAUUUCUUGAAAUGAAUAUGGUUCACAAGGCCUCUUCUAUUAUCUUGGCAUGUGCAAGUGUGCGUAUGUUCACAUGCAUGAACAUCCCAACUUGCCUUUUGUAGUUUAACAAUGAUGAUUGAGUAUCUUCUUAAGUUCUUGCUAGAUUUUCCGGUACCUUUGUAUUUCUGAUUAUUUGUUCCCUUUCAUGGCCCAUUUGAUUUAUUUUCUCCUUAGUAACCCAUAUUUUGUGGAUCAUCUUUUGUAGAGAAUAUUCCUUCAUUCCACUUUAACCUUUACUUUACAAAAAAUGAGUUACUGGAGAUACUGUAUUUGGAUUCUGCAAUUACAAGGCUGUACACUUUAAGAGAGAUUAUCUCAUUGGUGAUGGUUAUAUUUUUCUCUCUUCUCAUUUCUCACAUGUACCUUUUUUUAUCGUAUAUGUUUAGCUUUAAUUUUGUUUAUGUUUCCUCUGUAUACUCACUUUUUAUAACAUGUUUUCCAGGCAAUUCCUUUUCUUGUAGGUUGUCCGGCAUGCUUGAGGAACUUCCUAAAUCUUUUCUGUGAACUUUCAUGCUCUCCUAACCAAAGCCUUUUCAUCAAUGUGACAUCUGUAGUGAAGGUCUUCUUUUUCUUGACUUAUUAACUAUUUUUUCUUUUGUUAGUGUUUGUUGUCUUAUUGUAAAUGCUUUAGUGUUCCGUAUCACGCAUGUUUUGUAAUUUCAGUCCUAAUUUCUCUUACAAUGCUGCUCCAGGCAUCAAAGUGUGUCCAGGACAACUGAGUACUAGGGAUUGAAAUAUGAUAAUGAGAUCGACUUAUAUGAGCACAGAUGUUCAAAAGAAUUCAAAUGGAGAAUAUUCCAUCAUUGAUAAACGGCUUGUUGUAGAGGCUGAAGAUGAAUCACAUCCAUACUAUUGUCCUACAUUUUGCUGGUUGAGAUGUAAUGAAACAUACGUCUAGAUUGACAUAUCAAAUUGCUUCUAUUAAGAAAAUCGAGAAUGGAUCAGUCUAACCAAGAAUAUUUUUGUGACGAAUAAUUCUUUUACAUGUGUGUGCAUAUAUAUAUAUAUAUAUAUGCAUGUAUAUAAUGCUCAUUGCAUCUUGGUUACUUUCGUCUUGCUUAAGCUGAAGGGUCUGAACUGGUCAGCAUACAGCUUAUGCGAUGUCAACUCCAUGGAACUGAACUAAUCCCUUAUAAAUAGACUUAUCUUUUAUCUACAUCAACCUUGCCUAUGCAAAACGAAAAAGUAUACAAAAAUGGGAAAUUUCUGAGAAAAAUAACCUGUUCUCAGGAAAUUUCUGUAGCAGUAGCCAGAUCACACUCGAAAAUCAGCAUGGUAAUUGUGGGCAUGUGUUUGGCUUGCUAAAUUCUUUUAGUGAAGGAUUUUUCUAUUCCUCCUCUUCAAAUCUGCCCUAAGAAUUGUGAAAACGAAAAAUUAUAGAAAUGUGGGAAAUUUCUGAGAAAAAUAACCUGUUAUCAGGAAAUUUCUGUAUCAGUAGCCAAAUCACACUCCUAAAUCAGCAUGGUAAUUGUGGGCAUGUGUUUGGCUUGCUAAAUUCUUUUAAUGAAGGAUUCUUCUAUUCCUCCUCUUCAAAUCUACCCUAAGAAUUGUGAAAACGAAAAAGUAUAGAAAUGUGGGAAAUUUCUGAGAAAAAUAACCUGUUCCCAGGAAAUUUCUGUAUCAGUAGCCAAAUCAUACUCAUAAGUCAGGAUGGUAAUUGUGGGCAUGUGUUUGUCUUGCUAAAUUCUUUUAGUGAAAGAUUCUUCUAUUCCUCCUCUUCAAAUCUGCCCUAAGAAUUGGCUGUUGUAUCAACAAUUGUCAUCCUGCUCGAGCUCCUGGUGAUUUGUGCUCGGCCCACCAUUCUAUCAGACUGUAAACCGUGAAGUUGUGCACUGCGUUUGUAAUUUUCUAGCUAUUCUGUUCUUUCCAAGCACUGCGAUGUCAGUGUCCAAACAUUGUUCAGUUGUUACCGCAUCAAGUAAAUUUCUCUUUGGAAAAACGUGCCAGUCACGAUUUUUGCUUAUUUAAGUUCAAACAAGCUAGAUUUUUUUUAUCAGAAUCAGUUAUGAUAUCUAAUGGAAACUUACAUUAUUGAGUGAUCUUCUUUCAUUUCUAUUAUGAUUUUGGGGCUUUUCUGCCUUUAACAUCCGACUAUUUGGUGGAGUUUUUUGCAGUGCGUUGCCUGUUAAAUUUGAUCUCAUCUGCAUGUUAACCAUUUAUUUUCAUGCUUUCUAGGUUAAUAACACUUCGGCAGUUGAUGCGAUUGAUUUUUAUAUCAGUCCUGCAUUUUCCAAGGAACUGUAUGACUCUUGCAAGGAUGUAAAGUUUGGUACCAUGAAUACCCGCGCAAUGGAAUUUAUUGGUGGUGGUGCUGAAAGUUACAAAGGUCGGUAUUGUUUUUAAUGCUUAUAAGCUAUGGAAUUGUAAAGUCUUGAUGGGGGGUUGGGUGGGGUGGGUCGUUUGCUGCUGCUGUACAUUGUCAUUGCUAUUACGUAAGUCUAGCUCGUUUCUAUCAAAUGAGUGACUGAAGAAUGUUCAAUUUAUUUUUACACAAAGGCUAGAGAUUUCUGCUCAUUGUCAAUUAGUUUGGGUUAGCUACCUAAUAAAUUUAGCAUGAAGAAACCAAUAAAGUAAAAAAUGUAGAAAUUAAAAGGUUUUGUUUUACAGAUUUCAAUUCAUUAUUAUGAGAAAAAUGAAAAUAGUAUGUGAAUUAGAUUUUUAAAAAUAGUUUUUCUCUCCACUCUUCUUCUUUACUUGUUCUAUACCUGUUUUUCUUUUUCUCCUUUUCCUUAAUUUCUUUUAUUUGGCUAUCUUUCCGCCUGCAACAUCAAAAUAUACUUCUGAAACACUGCCAAAGCAUCUAAGAGAGACCAAUCGGGUCAGAUAAACCCAUUGAAAUUGAGUGAAAAGGGACCAAUUCGGAUGAACAGUGUUUCAGUUGCAAUAUGCUAACUGUUCGAGUUAAUGUUCUUUUUACUCGCUGCCAGAUAGAUGUGUAAUUACUUUCUAUCGCUUUGUUUUGGUAAAAUGUUACUUCCUCCUACUUGGCUUUCAUAGGGGCCAUGUUACCUCUAAGAAUAGCUUUUGAGGUUCUAUGACAUAAUAUGCACCUGGAGUCAUGAACACUAGUUGCAGUUACCACUCCAUACGGUACUGUGUGCACUCUACAAUCUUGUGGUUUUAAUUUGAAUCGUUUCUUUCUUUCUUUUAACAUUUUCGUUUAGCUGGUGGCAUGCUUAUUUUAUUCUGGUGCCUACUGUAGAACUUGUCGGAUUUGUACGUGUUAGGGCCCCGAAUCUGGACAGGUGAGGACCGCAGAAAUAUGGAGACAGAGAAGGGAAAACUGAAGAUUAGCUGUAGGAAAUGUAACUGGGCCCUGAAGAAACCUGAGCUGGUGGGGGACGUUCGAGUGGUCCCCUGCUCUCCUUCGGCCGCAGCUACCCUUGAUUACUUUCUCUCCCCUUCCUCCGCUCCUCUUUCGCAGUCCUAAUCCCCCUUACAUCAUAAAGACUCCUUUACCAUUCUCUCUAAUUAUUUCCCUCUUCAUCUGUGGUUGGGGCGUUUUGGUCUUCUGCCGUCAGGGUGGGCCAGACUGAUGGGUCCCUUCUCCUGCGCCUAGAGUAGGUUCGGACCACUGGGGCCUAACAGUAUGAUACCGUGAUAGAUGUCUUUCAACAUAAGUCAGCCAAAUGUGAGGAAUUUAUUUCCAGUUUUUCCUUCUUUGGAGGGGAGAAUGAUAUCUGAUACUUUAAUUGAUGAUUUAUCAUCCUGUAUCUUGUGAAUACUUCGUAAUCCUCAUGUCAAAUUAGGUGGCGCUAGAAAUAUCAUGGAAAAUAUUUGUCAGGUUAUGUAACUUAGUUUCCAUAUUUUUUGGGUCAAUACUCAUUAUGGCUCUUAAUUUAUUGAUCCUCUGCCUUUGGUUGUGAAUCUACAGAGUGGCUUGCAUUCAUUGGUCGGCAAGCAGAUCUUGGUGAACCUGGUUCCCCUUAUGCGAUCAAUUUUCCUUCAACUGUUCCCGAUUCAUCUACAAUAAAGCCUAUGGAUGUGCCCGUUUAUUCAUGUGGCAAUUCGUUGCUUGGUUGCUCUUGUGGAGAUUGUCCUUCUUCUCCUAUGUGUUCAGAUCAAACACCUCCUACCCCACACCACAAGCGAAAAUGCUCAAUAAAAUUUGGUUCUCUAAAGGUAAUUCCGUCGUGGGCACAAUGUCAAUUCUUAUUUUCAAUUGAGUUAUUAAAAGCUGAAACACAGAAACGACGGCUCCGUGCUUGUUUUAACUGCUAUUCAAAUGUCUUUUUGGUCCUCGCAGAUCAAUUGCUUAGAUUUUUCAUUGGCCAUACUGUACGCUGCCCUUGCUUUUGCAUUCCUGGGAUGGGGUUUUUCACUCAGAAAAAGGGAAAGAGCAGUUACUUCACCAAGAAGUAAACCUUUAUUGACAGACAAGAGUCCAGAUGAGGUCCAUUCAGCUGACGAGAAGGAAUAUUCAUCAGGUCCUAUGCAGGUGCAUCACUUUAGUCAAAAUACAGUGAUAUGAUUCUUGUGCAUUGCCUAGUUAGUGUACCCAUAAAUGAAGAUAUACUUAUUUUUCUAUGAAGAGAUUAAUCCUAUAAAUUGUGGCUGAUCGUUUUCUUUUCUUUUUUUGUUUCCUUAUGUUAUUCUUUCUGAUCUUGCCUUGGGUUUUUUGAGAUAUUUCUCUGCAUCACUGUAGUGAUAAUAGAAUGUGCUUUCUGUUUUAUGUCAGAAAAAAGGAUAAUUUAUUGAGAUAUUUCAAAAUGUUUUUAGGUCUCAUGUUUCUUUUCUCAUACUUAAACCAAGGAUAUUAUUUUAGAUAUUAUCUCUGAGAUUGGUCUUGUAUGCAUCAAAUGACAGCAACUUGCAAAUAAAGAGAGUAUGAGAAAGGUUUGUGCUCAUCACAUACACAUACAAUCUCAAUUCCACUUUGUAGAAUCUUGGUUGGCUGACAAUCAGGGUUAAGCAAGUGAAAGAACUGUAUUUCCGUUUGCUCAUGUGGCCUAUACCAUCAUGGUAUUGGUCAUAGUGGUUGUAGAAAGGGAUUUUUUUGAGCUCAGAGAGACACUUUCACGUACAUUUCCUCCUCUCUUUUGACACAAAUUGAUAGGUGUUCAGACCAAUUUUAAAAAAAAUGAAAACCUGUUGGAUGUUUAAUUGAAAGUGGUAAGGACCAUGUAAUCAUUAAAAAAUAAGAGUGGAAGAAUGGUCAACUGUGUUCAGAUCUAAACUGGACGUGUAGUCAAUUGCAACUCAAGCUGAAAUUUAUUCGACUCGUGUACAUUUACAGAUAUAUUUUUUAAAAAUAUUGGGUUUCCGGUAAACAACUUCAAAGAAUGAGAAUCGGCCAAUCCUGAUGGUUGGUGGGAACUGAAAAUCUUGGGAAACCCGAGUUCGUAGGGGUCAAUAGAUUUAUGGGUCUCGAACAAAUUCAUGGAAGUUAGAGUAAAAAGAUUAGUGAAUAGUCUGACCGAAUGGAAAGCAGCAUUUUAAAGAUUAGAGCACCUUGAUUGAGACUGGAAAUUUAGCUAAUGUUCGCUGGUGUUGUCCUGAUCUUAGAAAAUGUGGAAAGGCAGGGGAAACAACGAAGAUGAGAAGAGAAAUGCUUAAAGACAGAGAGUGAAAUCACAAAAAGUAUUAGCAAAGAUAUAGCUAACGAAGAAGGCAUUUUUUCCACUUGGACGUCUGAAGAUUCAAUACGUUUUUUCUUUCCAGAAUAAAUCACUCUAGUUCAGAAUAGAAAACUGAAAUGAUUAGAGUCUCACAAUUCUAUCGUAAUUUGAGACCUCUUUUCCUUUUUUUUUAAUGGGUGCGCACUUAUAGCCUGCCACAUAUGGUCGUUUUGAACAUGUAUGUGAAUAUUCAGCACAGUGUGGAAACACAUACAAUAUUUCUGAAUAUUCAUUCCCUGCCUAGAAAAAAUAUAGUAUGUGCACAAAAAAACCAAUUGUAGGGAAUGAAAAUUCAGAAAUAUUCAUGUGUGACUGUGACAGAGUUGGUUAUCUCUCACAGUCACACAGACAGAGAGAUGUAGUGUUUUUUCUGUGUCGGGUUUGAACCAUGGAAAUAGUUAAAGUAAGGAGUAGUUUGAAAGUGAAGUAGAGCCUUCGAAUGAAGGGAGAAAGUCGGACACCAGGAAAACCUUUGGUGUUGAGAUAGAAAAGUGAAGAUAGAUGGAGGCUCAAAGACCCUCGGCCAAACGGUAGAGAAAUCUCUAUUUCCUCCUCAUUCAUCCUAAAAGGAAUGCCGUUUAUAUAGACUCAACAGUACAAGUUUAGUCGACCCAAAAUUGAUUCAAGGCUUAAUAGGUUAGUGGGUUCAAACAGGAUCCAAGAAAUAAUGGGCCCAACUAACUUUAACGCAAAGAAAGGAAGAAAGGAAAACUGGUUCUCAACAGGCAGUGAACUACAUGCAAACAUAUGCUUUUCACGUCAGGUCUGGCAAAGUAUCCUCGCUAUGAUGCUGGUAGGAACCUUGAUCCAGAGAAAGAGUAGGAUUUUUUGAGAAGAACGGGAAACAGGGAUUAGGGGAAAAGGGUUGAGUCAUGGAGACCGAAUCGGUUCUUCCACAGACAGGUGGAGGAUCUCCGGAAACUUUUAGGACCAAGUGUCUCUUUCCUGCUCCCUACACAACUAAUUUCCCUUAUUUAUAACCCUCAGCCCUCCCCUUUGCAUGUGGAUGCUUGAUGAUAUCCACGUGGAGCGGUUGGACCCAUAGAAGCUGGGAGCUUCUUCGUUCUUGGGUAUGUCUUGAUAGGAGGCUUAUCACAUGCCUAUGGCCAUGGGCAAGAUACAUAACGUUUGGGAGUGGAACUAGUUACUCAUUGGCUCAUUCUUUGUCAAACCUUUUGGGUCAUCUGGAAUAAGUGACACAAUAGUGUGUUUGGGCGUGAGAGUUGCUCAGCUGGAAGAACUUUUAUUUUUUCAGGGUGGAAAUAGUGGGCAUGAAUGUGGAAGAGCUGUAUCCCUGAAUUUAUUUUUAAUACUUCUGGAAUGAAUGUGGUAAUAUGAACUUUUAAAAAAGUGAGAUGUGACAAUGGAAUAAACGUUAACUGCUGAAAAAAUGGUGAAACUUUGAGGAUUAUAAUUAAAGGCUGAUUAUAUUUCAUUCCAGAAGAAAAACUAGUUUUAUUUAGUUCCUCAUUUAUUUUUCUUCUAAUCUAUAUUCCAUGUGAUCAUCAAUUUUUUUGAUAUCUUACAAUAAAUUGAGGCAUGAAGACUCUUCAUCUCAUUAAACUAGCACAUGCUCUUAAAUUCAGGAUCUAUUUGAAAUGAAGAUUGGUACAUAGAACAUCCGUUCUAUGAUAUAUUUAUGCCUAUUAGCGUGAUGAAGAUUGACGGGCUUUUAAUCCUAUUUUUUGUUUUUUCUUACUACACGUCUUUUUUUCCUGUUUGUCUGCUUGUUGUUUGUUCCUGCUCAUUUUUUUCGUUAGUGGAUGUUAGGCAUUGGAGCAGCCUCAAAUGGUAGAGGUUCUGCGACCAACUUUUAUGCAAGGCUACAUAUCAAGCUUUUUCAGGUCUUUUUAUGUUUCUUUCCAAGUUACUUUUAAUUGAAUGAUGAAGAUUCUGCUUGACUUUGUCCAAAAUGUACUCAUGUGUAGGAGAUAUGGCACUUGGGUUGCUAGGAACCCUACUGUGGUUCUUUGUUCCUCACUCGCCAUCCCUCUUCUACUAUGCUUGGGUCUGAUCCGUUUUAGAGUAGAAACACGGCCUGAAAAGGUAUGCUGCUAUUUAUUCUAGCUUUAAUGUUAUGAAAAAAAUUAACUUUUUAAUAAACGUUUUUCCUGACAUUGGCAUUUAUGAUUUUUUUUUGAAUGGGGGCUAAUUAGAGGAAAACCCAGAAUUUGGAGAAAAAUCGUACUAAAAUCAUAGUAAGAUAUCAGUUAGUGUACCACCCUCUCGGCCUCUUCCAAUCAGUCGUCUCCAGCCUUUGUCAGCAGAGGUACAUGAAGAACAGGGGAGAAAUGAGGCUGAGAACCCUAAUUUGUAAUUCAGUAAAAAAGCGGUUUACAAUGAGUUGGUAUUAAUUCCAAGCAGUAAACAUAAGAGAACCUGACUGGUUUAGAUCGGUCUGGUUCAAUCUACGACAGUAAUAUGAAAGACAAGUGACUAACAGAGAAAGGAAGAAUUACAAUAAUAAGAUCAAGAAAACAGUCGUUCAUUUCUAAGCAUAAGAUAGUUUUAUUUGGCAUCAAGUCGAAGGUAAAUGAACUGAUAGGAAUUGAGGAAAAUCAUCCCAGGCUCUGAAGCCUACUUCAUGGGCUGACUGUUCAAAAGCAGGAACUUUGAGCUUCUUAGUUGCGAUUGAAUAUUGAUAGCAAGGAUCAUACCUGAACACCUGUUGUGCUGUCAUCUCAUUUCGAUUUUUUAGUACUUCGGAGUUUUUCUUUGUUAUUGAGUCCUUAGAUGAUUCUGAUUUUCAGUGGUGUUGUAGUCUGAGUGGCAUCAUAAUUUCAUAUUUGGUGAUGAGGGCCCCCCUUUAGGAUGACGAUCUUUGAAUUAGCAGGAACCAGUGUAUUUCACAAAAGAAUCUGAUAUGAAUUAUUUAGUCAGAAUUCCUAUAGGAUUUUUUAUUGAGAUUUAGAGGUUCUAUAGUCGAAUUAGUUUCUUUCUAUCAGAUAAAUUGAGAGACCGGUUUUGGGUUAUGGGUUCUUUUUCCUUGUAAUUUUGAUGUUCAGAAAGUUCCUCUGUCAGACUUGAUGUUGAAAUGAGUCUUGUGGUAAAUAAAACUGAAGCUUUUUUUUUCUUCGUUUUAUAAUGGAACAGAAUGACUCUAUUUCAAAUAUUUUACAAAACUUUUGUUAACUGUUCUGAUUCGUGGUGAUUGCAGCUGUGGGUUGGCCCAGGCAGUAAGGCUGCAAUGGAGAAGGAAUAUUUUGAUAGUCAUCUUGCACCGUUUUAUAGAAUUGAACAGGUAAUAUGAAGCCAUGAUUUAUUCUUUCAAGACCAAAAAUUUGGUCUGUAUGUAUUGCGUACAAAAGAAUGUGUGGCUUGUUAACAUCAACGCAUAUCAUUACUGUAGCCAUGUGGUCUUCCUGCCUAUUUCCCUGACAUAGGUCACUAACUAGAGAUUAGUUCUUAGAAUAAUUCCAUUGCUUAAUAAAGGAGAAUGGAUUAUUGUGUAUUUUUGUUUUCUUACAUAAUCAUCUUUUUGACACCCUAUAUUCCAUAAAUCACGGUAACAUCUUGAAGUAUUUAUGAAAUUUAAAUCAUUAUCCGUUCUUCUUUUAAUGUGUUGAGAACCACCAAUGAGAGAUUUGUGGGUGCACUAUUAGAUCUUGGUAAUUACAUGAAGCGAGUGCUUGAAGAUUUUAUGCUAACUUUCUCCAUGGUCAAAGCAAUGCCCUUAAUUUUCUACAUGUCUGAGAUGCUUGGUAUUUGCAAAAACAUAGUGCCUGCCUAAGAUGAUCAUAAAAAGGAUUGAAAAGAGGCAUAAGCAUGAUGAUCAGUCCGUCAUAUACCCUUUGGAAUCAUUUAGAAUGUGUGGGACAAUCACUCGAUUUUUCUUCUUAAGGUGAAAGGUUGGGCAAUAAUGAUGCAUAAUGACGAAGGGGGUGAUUUUGCCAUUUUGAAUGCCUAGGACUAGAGUCUACUACAUUUUGAUAUACAUCUUUGGUUUUAUGUACGACUAUUUUUAGAAGUUGAAUGGAUACAACUAAAUAUCAUUUACCUUUAUUGACACGAAAAUAUGUGGUGCUAUCCCCCUGGCGAAAGAAACUAUGGUGCUUAUAAUGAUGAAUGUCCUCAUCGUGUUAGUUAGAUUGUAAUGAUACAUUCCAUAAGUUUGAGGAAUACUUGCCAACAUUAACUCUAGAACAUUGAAUUUAGAAGUAUUUUUGUGUACUUCUGUCCAUUUCAUCUUUUCUCUUCUCCAGCACCAUAGUGUUGGACAUUAGCAACCCAAGCUUAUUUUGACAAGUUGAGACGUUGGCUUUUUUAUUGUUUUUGUUGCAGCUAAUAUUGACCACCAUUCCGAAGUCAGAGCACAGCAAGCAACCAGGCAUUGUGACUGAAGAAAACAUACAAUUGUUAUUUAAAAUACAGAAGAAGGUAGCCACGAAAAUUUCUUCUUUGCACAUACCUUUAAUAUGAAGACAAAAAUAUUUAGUAAAGUUAUUAAAAAUUGAAAUAUAUCAUCCGAAUGCAUUUGUUACAGGUUGAUGGACUUCGUGCUAAUUACUCUGGCUCUACUGUGUCACUGACUGAUAUAUGCCUGAAGCCACUGGGUGAAGAAUGUGCUACUCAAAGUGUUCUUCAGGUCUUAUUUCUAUUUUCCUAUUUGUGUUCUUUUCUUUGUUCAACUGUUUAAUAUAAUGCGCUAUAAUUUUUCUUUGAUGUAGUUCUGAGCACUCAUUUUUUAGGAACAUCGAAAAUUGGAAUUUCCCAUGAAGUUGAAUUUUAAUUUAGAGGUUCAUUUUUUUUGUGAAAUUACUGUCUAGUAGAGGGAUAUUUUGAUUGUUCUCUUCUGCUAUUGACUAGCUUUUGAUUUCUCUUGCUUUUUUUUUCUAGCCCUGGAUUAUUUGACUUGAUAUGGUGAUUUAUAAUUUCUCAGUGUGAUAGUCAGUGGGGAAAUUGUAAAGUGGGACAAUUUUCAAGAAAUGCUUCCAUCUGAAUGGAUCUGCGUGAUCUGAACUUGGGGAGGUGGUUAGAGGUACUGUCUAGGAAUCAGAUUGGGAGGGUAGAAGGUUUGGUGGAAUCUGGUUGUUGUUCAAGGGGAACAAGCUGAAGUAUACGUAGCAUGAAGUACACAUUUGAAGAUUAACAAUAUGGUUUUUUUAGAUACGAAAGAUAUAAAAUAUGUGGUUACUACGAUAAUUUUACACCACCAUUGCCAGUUGAUUCUGAAUUGUAUGACACAGUAUUUUUGAACCUGAUAUUAGAGUUGAUUAUUUUCUUUGAGUUGAAUGUAGCCUGUUUAUGUUGUCUGUAACAAAACUCAAAAGUUGAAUUCUACAUGAGGUCUGUUAAGAAUUGUGCUACAUUAAUGAUUAUGAAAAGUACAUGCAGGUGCAAUAAUAAAUUCACUUAUUGUCAAGUGGUUGAAUAUCAGAUGGCCUAAAAACCUUAAAAUUAAUAUGAUUUAUGUAGUUAAAGAACUUAGUUAGCCUGUAACAUGUUGACAAAGUGACUCGUGGAAAAAUUCAACAAUGUUGAGACCGAAUGCAAAAGAAGCAUGGUAUAGAUAACUCGAAGACUUUUUCCUCCUUGUAUAUAAUUGAUGUCUUUGUGCUGUUCUUAGCCUAUCUAUGCUGUAGGCAUUUAUCUCGUCAUCAUUGUGUGAUGAAACCUUCUCUUUCUUACUUCUGUCCUAAGACGUUGAAUGCUGUGGACAUUUUUACUUUUUUCAUUCUCAUGUACUAAAUUUUUUUUUAAACUUUUUUGUUGAUUGACUCGGUCUUCUCCUCCAGUACUUUAAGAUGGAUCCAGAAAAUUAUGAUGAUUAUGGAGGUGUAGAACAUGCAGAAUACUGCUUUCAGGUAUACUUGAAAUAUUUUGACUUUUGCCUGUAUUUCCUUCGGAUUCAAAUUGUCCCAUUCUCGUUGAUAAGCUAGGUUAACUUUCAUUGCAGGUUUUAUAAUUCGAAUGUCUAAUAUAUCAGUUUUAAUUGUGAUUGUGCAAUGUUAAUUUAUUUUCUGGGAGAACGAAUCAUGUCUGAUUUAUUUUCUCCUUUUCAAACUUUUGCCUCUCAGCAUUUUUCAUCAGCAGCGACAUGCUUGAGUGCAUUUCAGGCUCCUAUUGACCCUAGUACAGCUUUAGGAGGAUUUUCUGGGAAUAAUUAUUCUGAGGUAUAUACAUUGAAUUUGAUCAUGAUUGUUGAGAUAGUUUGACUAUUUAUCGCGAAUUAAUCUAUACACUUCGGCCUUUAUAAUUCUCAUUAUUCACUUUUUCUUUAUUUUGUCAGGCUACUGCUUUUGUGAUAACAUACCCAGUUAAUAAUGUGCUUGACCAGACUGGUCAGGAAAAUGGAAAAGCAGUAGCAUGGGAAAAGGCCUUCAUAGAUCUUGUGAAGGUAUAGUAAUUUGGUUUCCAUUCACCAUACUCUUCUUGGCAUGGCUAUUAAAGUGAAUAUUAAUGAGUUCUGGUGUUGAUAACUGAGAUAUUCACCGAACAUGAACAUGGGCUCACGUAGUUGUAUUUUUUGAAAAUGACAAUAUGCUGUCAAUGUAUUUCGAAUACACUUUCAGGUGAUUAGUUUGCGUGAUUGGCCUAUUUGCGAAGGAUGGAUUGGUAGGCAUUGAAAUUAUAUUAAGUUCAAUUGAGAAAGAAAAACUUCACUUGCCAUUUUUUUAAACUAAUCUUUUUCUUUAAAGAGCAUCUCCCUCACUAGAGCAAAAAGCUAUGAUGCAAAGUUUAGAUGCUCUUAAAAAGUUUGAGAGUGAUUUUUAAAAUUAUACAUCGUGGGGAGAUAAUUAGUGAUUAGUUGAUAAACUGUAGGGAAAAGCUAUUAAAAUCUGUCUCUGGAUGCAUAGUUUGAAAUAAUGCGAAUGUCAAUGGAAUACACUGUAGUGGCAUUUUAAGCUUUUAACUCCAUCAAUGAUAAACUAGUUGAUACGUUAACAAGGAUAAACUAAUGAACGUAGUUAUAAUCUUUUAAAAACUAUUGAUGACUUGACGCACACUUUUCAUGCAAUAAGAGAGCAGGGUGCAGCUACGGGCAUGCUUUUUUGGUAAUAUACAUCUAGAUUGAAAAUCUUUGGUAUCUCUUUAUGUUAUGGUGCAUAUGUGGGUUGAAAAUUCGAGUCUUCUUUUCUUAUGUGCAUUUCUUUGAAAUGGAUGAAAUAUAAGCUUUCAUUUUUAUCUAAGGAGAUACUUUCCCAUAAAAAGUUUCAAAUACACUUAGAUUUUGCUGUUUUUUCUUUUUUACUUUAUUCUGGUGCUUGUUUUAACUUUUUCAUGUUUCUCGGAAUGAAGGUAAAAUUGUUAUGUUCAACUUUUAAUGUUCUAAUACUUUUCAGUUGCAUGAUAUGUUUUCCUCUCUCUUUCAUCUGUCAGUUUUUUAGCCGUGUUAUUUUCUGAGAACAAGUUGUUAAUUCCAAACUAAUCCAAGUUCCGUGGCAGGAAGAGAUUAUGCCGAUGGUAAAGUCGCAGAAUCUCUCACUUUCUUUUUCUUCAGAAAGUUCUAUACAGGAAGAACUGAAAAGAGAAAGUACAGCUGAUGUGCUGACCAUAAUGGUGAUAAUUAAUUUUGAUUUACUUUUUACCGUUCAUUUUUUCUGUCUUUCGUAUUUUUCUAGUACCUUUAUGAAUGAACUAUUUACUAUGCCAAUAUCUGAUGCAGAUUAGCUAUCUAGUGAUGUUUGCUUACAUUUCCGUUGCACUUGGGGGUAUUCCUCGCCCUUCAUCUUUCUUUAUUUCCUCCAAGGUAUGACAUUAGAUCAUCGAAAUAUUCUUAAUGUCCUUUACCUUAUAUCACAUUUAUAUAUUUUUUUUCCCCAGAUGUAUUUCGUUUUCGUAUUUGAUAAAACCUUCACAGCUAUAUCAAUUUUGAAUUAUAAUUUUUUCUUAUAUUCCCCAAUUUUAUUUAUGAUAUUUACUGAGUUUCUUUUGGGAUAUUUAUUUCAUUUGAUGUUUUCCGAAUAACAAUCAAUUUUAUUGUUUAUUCUGUCAACUUUUAAAUUUUAAAAAUCAUUUUUCCUGGUGACGCUCAAAGCCGUUUAACAUUUAGGCAUAUGAUGUGAAACAACCCCUACGCUUUUGUGGUGUAUUAGAUAGUUUAGGAUGGUGAUAGAUACUGAGGAGGUGUAAUUUACGUUGACUGUCAAAAAUGUACAUUGUUGUACAGUGGUGUUCGCAAUUUCUCAUUAGUAUUUGGUAACUCCGUAAACUAAUGUUUAUUUAUCCAAUGGAAGAGUCAGAAUCGUAAGCCAAUUCGUAUUUUAAUUUUCAAAGGACAUCUACCGCAUUUAAUUGUUUUUUAAUUCGUAGUAUUGCUGUGUCUAUGUACGGGAAUGGUCAUGGUUGAAGUACAACACGAAUUUUGGUUAAUCAUUUAAUGUGUUGAUUAUGUCACGAGUAAGUUGCACACUUUUGAAUAUUUUGUGAGUUAUCACGCUAGGUCUUCUCUUCCCACAGCGGAUUCUAUACCUGUCUUCUAUCCAACAGCGCUUACUCUUGAACCGGUUAAUCGAUCUAUUUGUUUAUGUACACGAUUUUCAUUGUUUGCUCAUCAUUCCCCUUUAUCCAAAAUUAUUACAUUUUUGUGGGAUUUGUUUCAAUCAUGCACAACAUAUAGUCGUGGAAAAUUACCUCUAAAAAACCGAACUGAAAUCUCAGUUUAUUCUUUGUAAUUUACUGCGUUUCAAUACAAGAGUUGUGUAAGUACUAGUAUUUCUCUCUUGAAGAAACUAAGAGUCAUGUCACGUUUGAUGCUAGAUACCUGAAUGAAAAUUUCAAAUAAUAAAGUUAAUUACUUACUGUACUGUGACAUUUGGUACAUGCUUGGUACACAUGGUAAACGUUUUGUCAUAAGUAUGGUGCAUGGGGUGUGGGAAAAAAAAUAAAAAAUGAGACAUGACGUGUGAGGACGUUACAACUAUGCAUUACUCUUAUGACAGAAUAUAUGAUCAACUACGCUGUUUCUCAGAUAGGUAAAUGUACUAUCUUCAAAAGACAUUUCAGAUUAAUCUUUGGAACAUCUACAUCAUAUCUCAAAUUUAUUUGUUUGAGUUCUAUAAUAGUUAUAUUUUAUUCGAAAAAUAAGAAGAAAGGUGUUGAAUUCCACUCACAUUUCUGACAUGAACGUGUUUUCCUAUGCCUUAGUUAAACUUUCAGUUCUAUGAAUUUCAUCUCUGAUUAACACAAACUUGAUUCAAGAUGCACAUUAGAAUAACAUUUGGCACCACCAUAGUUAAUUAUUACACAGUUGCUUUGCAUGCACUAUGUAACAUAAACUACGGGUCAUUUCUUGGACAAACGCUUGAUUUUUCGAAGUUGUUUGUUUGUAGAAAGAAUAAAUGUUUCCAGGUUUUUGUGAUGCAAAUUAUCAAUACAUCACCAUAUAGAUUAGCUCAUAAGAGCUGUUUGAUUGUGCUUGUUUCUUUUAUGACAAACGAUGUUAUCUGGCUAGCUGAUCUUAUAUAUAAAUAUUUAUGGUUUUCGUUUUUUGCGAACCUUUUUUCUUUCAGCUGUAUGCCAGCCUUGUGAUUGCGGCCUAGGUUUUCAUUAAAAGUAGAUACUUCGUUUUCCGUUUUGUUUAAGCGUUUGUGAUUAACUGUAUGCCAUUCCAGGUUCUGCUCAGCUUAUCAGGAGUUUUGGUUGUCAUAGUUUCUGUUCUUGGGUCUGUUGGCUUUUAUAGUGCCAUUGGUAUCAAGUCUACGCUUAUCAUUAUGGAAGUCAUCCCUUUCUUAGUUUUGGCUGUAAGUUCAGCCCUUCCUCUUGUAUUUUUUCUAGCUGUAUUUUUUCCAGCAUUAUAGUUAUCAGUCAAAUAUAGAAUUUUUUAUCCAUGUGAUAUGUACAUGAACUCUUUAUAUGCUCUUUAUAUACUCUUUUGAUGAUAAUGCUCUAUAGGUUAUUUUUUUAUAUGAAGUAGAGAUGCCUUGUGUAGAUUGUUGGUGUUCCAUGUGGAUUACAUUCUUAAGUGUUAAACAUACACCAGUUGCCAUGUCUCGUUAGGCUUGGAGCUGGUGGUGUUAGCCUAUUGUUUUAUGUAGUUAUGCAGUUCUUUUAAUGAUUUUUCAGCACUAUCAUUUUUCAGGAAAAAUAUUUUCUAUCAUGAAGCUCUUUAGGGACACUGAUUACUUAUUUAUCUGUUGUUCACUGUAGGAUUCACAUUCAUCUUUGUCAUCCAAUAGUAAUGAAAGAAUAUUUUCACCAUACAGCUCUAGUAUAUUUUGAUUGUAAAUGAGGGAAUCCAUCCUUGAAUCCACUUAUUUGGAGCCUUACCUGGAGGUGAUGAUUACGAGAGAUGAUGAUGAGAAACUUAGUACGUUAGACCAUAAAUAAAAGAAAAUAGAUGGCAAGCAUUUGUGAUAGAGAUCAAUGUGUACACUUUUUGGGCACGGAUGAAUUUUCAGAGAGGUUUAACCUAUCUUCUAUCAUAAUAGUAAAUGGGCGUGAUCUAAUAAUUCUACAGGGUUGGACCCACUUGCAGUUGUUUCUAAUUCUGAUCCUAAUUAAUGGGUAGAACGUCAAAAUUCCCCCCAAAUUUAAUCAGAGUGAAGAAUGUCUGAUUUCACUGUUUCCAAUACUAUCAGCUUUAUUAAUAGGAUGUCAGGUUUUCCUCUGUGAACUUCAGAAGAUUGUUUGAAUGAAUUGUGAUCAUGCUUAAUCAGUGACAAAUAUCUUGUCAUUCAACUCUCGCCAGCAUGAAAUAGAAAUUGAUUUUUCAAGAACUGUUAUGUUUUUAACUCGUGGGAUUAUUCAAUGAACUGUUAUUAAACUGGUAUUCGUUAUUGACAGAUGAAAUUUGUUUUCUCUCUGCCAAAUAAAGAAAAAAUUCCUUAUAUGUGAAGGAGAAGGGUAAAGAAAAUCGUUAAUAAUCCUUCGAGUAGAUAAAGGUAAAAGGGCGUCCCCUGUAGGGACUAAUGGCCUGCAUUCAGGACGAGGAAAAUUAGAAAGAGUCCAUUUUCUCGCGAAAUACGACAUAAAAAUUAGGAGUUUAUACGGAUUACACACAACAGCCCUGCUUCCUAUGUGUUUCCAACAGAAUGGAACCUAGCUUAGAUGCUAGGAGAUGUGUCAAGGCACAAUCUAGUAUCUUGGCUCAUAUGAAUUUGGUCAUUUUCUGGAACUGUAAUGAUCUUGUUAAGAAAAAAAAAUCCUGAAUGUUUCAGCGUUACAUCAAUGUGUUUGUGCAUAGUAAUAUAGGGACACUACUGGGAUUAACGCUGAUUUCGAGAUCCAGAGAAUCUAGUGAGCUUCUUAAUGCCCAUGGAAUCCAUCGAUCGCUAUUUGGAAAGGAUUAGCUGAAUUAUGUAAGUGUAUCAUUCAUUAAAAUCUCAGGUUUUAGUUAACAUUUAGUCUAUACGGGGUUUAUGAGGGCACUUUGUAUUGUUUCUCCUCAAAGAAGUCUUGUUUCAACUGCUUGGAAAGGCACAUAGCCGCAGUAAAUUCACUGUGAAAUAGGCAUUAAGGAUCGCACACCUAUGGAUAUGAAAGAGUCUUGUAGAGCAUGAAAUGAAAGCUGGAAUAUACAAGAGGACCGUGUAGUGUAGUGGCUCAUUAUAUAUUUGAGUUAAUCUAAACUUUUAAGGAACAAAAUAACCACAAUUUUUGGUAUGUGAACUGCUUGGAGGAUUUAAUUGUUGAAUUCCCUUCAGUUCCUCUGUGUCUUGAAGAACAAGAUACCUUGUGGAAGGGAGGAAAACCGGAACUUCUAUUGAAUAUCAGGAAAGGAAAUCUUUUUUUGAAUGCUCUACAUCACGACAUGGGAUCAGUUAUUUAUAACAGAUCCACGGGGAAGGUUCUAGAUACAGAACCUUACACUCCGGGACAAUACUUGUAGAAGUCUUUAUGAGGAGACUUCUACAAUAUUUCGUACAAAGAACCUUUCCAAGCAGUUGCAACAAGACUCCCCCUCAUAAGUCUUUAUGAGGAGACUUCUACAAAACUUCUAUGAAGACAAUACUCCGUGCUUCCGGCCUUAAUAGAAAAGGAGUCUUCUUACCAUUUAUGGACUCUGCCAGUUCCAGCAUAAGUACUGUUAAAGUCUUUAUAACAGAUUAAUAUCUUUGCUAAUGUGCAAGAGCGGGGAAGAUAAUUGUGUAAUUGUGUUUCAUAUUGAAAGUAAAUUAGCGAUAUAUGCAGCUCUAUUUAUGCAGCCCAUCUUACAUACAUUCCAUUCACACUACUUUAUACGUUAAUAUAUUUCAACUCAUCAUGAUUAGUAAAUAAGAUUGAUCCAUGCUGAAUUCAGAUAUCACUCCUAUGUAUGAAGGGCGUGGAUAAGUGCAUAACAUUAUAACAUAUGUGAUCCACUUUCUUCUUUCUUCAACUUUUCACUAUAAGUUGCUGCAAGAUGCCCCUCCUAUGACAAAUUAGCUACCUUGACAACUGAUGUAUUCCAUUCUUCGUCAAUUAAUUUUUAUAAAUUUGAUAGGGCUAAUAUUGGUCGUUGAUGAAAGGCCACGUCUUUGAAAAACUAAUGUAACAUACGAUAAGUUGGGAAAAAAAAAUUUAUACACUGAAUCCAUAAAAUUAUCUCUGAAAAAAAAGAUUGCUCUGAAUCCUCAGGAGAGGGAAAUAACAUUUCCGCCAUACUGAAAAACAUCUUUUCGUUAUAACUGUGUACCUCUUUGCAUAGGGAGACAAGUAGUAAUAUAUCCCCUAAAUAAUAGGAUCUACUAGUAUAUUUUACCUUUGUGUAGAAUAGCAUACACUGCCUUAGUUUGUGGUUUUUGGUCUUGCAUAUGGGCUUUAUAUUCUGUUUGGGAGGUGAUUUAAAUAUCCUUGGCUUUUGUUUACAGAUCAAGUCGUACUGUCUGCAUAAUAAUAUCUGGUUAUAACCAUAUGUUCAUUUGUGAUGCAUUUAAAUUGGAAAACGUCUUGUGACAAUGAAUUACCUUUGCCAAUAUUGAUACAGUUCCUUUAAUAAUGAUACUGCUAUUAGAUUCUUUGAAAAGUUUAGAAAUAGAAAACAGCAAUUAAUCUUUUAGAUUCUUUGGUGACUGAAGUUAUUUGUAUCAUUUGGUAUGACAGAUCAGGAUGAUGGAUUUUAAUAAUACUGAUCUUAUCUCUAUAGUUCUAUCUCAUAUUCUACAGUUUCAAAUGCAAUGGAAUUAUUAUUUUCUCAUGAAGAGUGUUUAACUAAAGUAAUAUGAAGCAAAUCUUGUCAUUUACAGGUAGGAGUGGAUAAUAUGUGUAUCCUCGUACAUGCGGUCAAACGUCAGCCAUUGGAUUUGUCUUUGGAGGGACGGAUAAGCAAUGCACUCGUUGAAGUUGGGCCAUCCAUAACUCUUGCUAGUCUUGCCGAAGUCCUAGCAUUUGCUGUUGGAAGUUUUAUCCCUAUGCCUGCAUGCCGUGUAUUCUCAAUGUUUGCCGGUAAUAUGUUUUUGCUCAACUUUAAUUUGUCAGAAACAUGUGCAGCUACUUAUUUCAAGAAUAUGGAAUAUUGGAAAUGGACUAAUAUCGCAGAUUACAAUUUUUUUGUUGUUAUAGUUUACCUGUGACUCUUAAGAUCUGAGGGCAUUAUCAAUUUUAUUUGCUGAAAUGCUUCUUGAGGGAGGUUACUUAAACAUUUCAUAUUUUCCACAGCAUUAGCUGUUCUCUUGGACUUCCUACUGCAAAUCACAGCUUUUGUAUCAUUGAUAAUUUUUGACUGUUUGAGAGCUGAGGACAGCAGGAUCGAUUGCUUCCCCUGUAUAAAAGUUCCUACUUCGGAUGGUGAUCACAAUAAAGGUAGCUGAAGAUCAUGCUCGUAGUUUUAAAGAGAAACCUCACAUUAUUUAAUCUUUUGGGUUUUCAGCUUAAGUUCUUUGUUUUAAUUUUUUUUUGGGUGAUUUUCCAAUGUAGAUCGUGGUGUGAGAGACCUUGGACUGCUUGGUCGUUACAUGAAGGUGAAUCUUAUGUUAUCUCUUGAAGUGUUUAUGCUGUUUUUUCCAUUGAUUUUAUGUAAAUAUUGAACAGUGGGAGUCAAAAAAGGAUUAGCUUGGCCUUAUUCCUCUCAGAUCCUUGCAACAUACUUAAUUUGAACAAAACAAACAUACUGUGAUCAGGCUUCACAGGAAGUGGGAGAAAAGGAAGAGCGGACAAGAAGAAGACAACGGAACAGAAAAAAGGUGUACUAUGCGUAAAUGAUUGGGCAGAAGAGGGAAAGUGUGUAUUUGCAGAUGGAGGAAAAAAAUCGGUAACAAUAUCAGGAGGAUGCACACAUACGCAUGAGCGCAUGCGCAAACAACCUGAUUCACUUGGAUAAUUCAUGAAGUCAUUAAAUUGAUAAUUGAAAAAAGUAAAUGUCGUAUUAACGAAUUUUAUCAUAAUUUCUUCAGGUUAGUUUUUUCCAGAGUGACUCGUAAAUUUCUUGUUCUGAAAAUCUAUAAAAUUUAACGGCAACUUUAGCAUCCUCUUUGUGGGAAAUUUUUGUGCCCGCAUGUGAUCAUUGUCAUAUGGAAUUUGUGUGACUGGAACUGAAACUAUCGAAAUUUCAAAGACGCGGAAAAGUUUCCAAUUCUGUUUACUCUAAAUCCUCUAUGAGAAUGAUGCAUCUCAAAAUCUAGAGGAGAUUCAAAAGGGCAUCUUUUGCUGAUCGAUCUUUCUUUUUGGGAAAUUCUUGUCUCCUUCCCAGUUAUGAGAGCUGCAAUGACUCUUCUUUUUAGUUAUUGGUAAGCAUAUAUGCUUAUCAAAAUGCAAUAUUGCAAACUGGUUAUCUGCCUGAGUCCUUGAAAAUUGGAACUUGGAAGCUUAAAGAAGACUUGAUAAAUAUUUCAUUUAUACCAUCUAAAAUUUCUAUUUCCUGCCAUCGAUCUACACUUAUUUUCUGAUUUUGCUCUUUAUACAUUUCUGGCUGAUAGAAUAUGAGAAAAGCAAAAUAAUAGUGGCCUUUUGGACUACUGAACAUAAGAAGCAACAUUUACAGCUAAACCUCUGGGAUAUGGAGAGAAAGAAAAGUGAAAGAGGAAGAAAAUCUAUUCAGGUAGAAGUAGGAAUGGAAUCAAGGUAAGAAAAGAAUAAGUAUAUGAGAAACCUAAGCUAUAGCUUAGGUCACUGCUUGCAAUGUUUUCUGUUUUUUUAACUGACGUUUUAGCUCUAUAUUCUUUGAUAUUCAUGCAAUUUGAAAUACAUACUGUGCUUGUUAACAUGAUAUACCUAGCUAUUUUUCAAGACUUCUUUCUCGUCUAUACAGCUCUUCUCCUUGAUUACUAUUUUAAAAUUUUCUAUUCAGCUUUUUGCAAGUAGAAAAGUUUUUAUCCCCUUGCUGGCAUCUCGCCUCCUUAUUUUCUUAUGUGGAUAAUCCGUAGUAAACUUGGUAACAUCUUCUCUUUUUUAUCAUCAGACGCUUUUAGAAUCAUAAUCUCGAAGAGUUUUUUAUUAUUUCAUGAAUUUUCACUUUUUUGUUUUUCUAACUUCUUCAAUUGUGUUUGACUUGUAGGAGAUUCAUGCCCCUAUACUGGGGUUUCUGGGUGUCAAAAUUGCCGUUGUUGCUGUCUUUAUUGGUUUUGCAUUUGCUAGCAUUGUAAGCUGUUAUGCAUUAUGAUACCCCCUAUUUUGCCCAAGCCUGUACUGAUGUGAUUUGUUAAAAUCUUUUUUUUCUUAUGUUACCUACACAGCAUAGAAUAGCAUGUUAUGAACUCUGCCAUUGUGCAAUGAUACGUUCUAAUUUUCUUAACUAUGUUCUCCAUUAUCUCACAUGUAUGGUAACUGUUUCUUUUCGUGUUUAUUCUUUUUUGAAAUGCAGUUUUUCCAGUUGUUAUUUCCCAUUUUUUGAAGUGCAUGUAUGAAUUACGGACAUCGAUAUACAUUUUCAGUUUUCUAUAUCAAAUAUUAUUUCCGCUUCAAAUAUUAUAUGGAUGAGUCUCUUUUCUCAUGUGCUCGUUAUUGCUAAAUUACCUCAAACCCAAUUAACUAUAUAUUUUCAGUUUUUGAUUAGUUACUCUCCACCCCGUCAGAUUUCUUUCUUUUUCGCCAUUUGGGUCUCUGGUAAAGUGUUUGAUGAUGUAAAUAAACAUCACAGACGAACUAUUAGUGAACGAGCAUUUCUCCUGCGGAAUACAGUUGCAACGAAGUCAUUCUAUGCUCUAGGGUCUUUCAUGCUGAUUCCUUAUUAGCAUUGUCUUUGUCAUGAACUUCUAAACAUCUAUCCUGUUAAAGAAUAUUAUUAACGUGAUCGUUUUCAGUUAUUAUUAUAUGAGUAUACGUUACUCUCGAUAACAGUUGUCUUGUUUUCUUGAAAUAUGUAGGCUCUUUCUACGAGAAUUCAACCUGGUUUGGAGCAGCAGAUCGCCCUUCCAAGAGAUUCAUAUCUUCAGGUUACAUUGAAUUCGUCAUUUUUUAGCACAUUUUGUCUUAAUGUGCUGCAUAACCUAUGCAUCCUUCUCUGCAGGAUUAUUUUAAUGAUCUGGCUAAAUAUCUUAGAGUAGGACCGCCAUUAUAUUUUGUUGUGAAGGACUAUAAUUACAGGUAUUGACAGAAAAUUAGAAAUUAUUUUAUUGCAUUUUUUUAACGUUUUAUUUAUUUUCAACGCUGUAUUUGAAGGAUGAUGACAUAUUAACUUAAACUCUAUGGCCUCUCAUCUCUUUAUGAGAAGCCUUAUAUCUCGUGUCAGUGCUCUCGCCAUCUUCUAGUUACGUGGAAGAGAAAUCGAGAAAAAAUUCACGAGAUGAAUUUCAGAUCUGAAACUCAAAGGAAAGAGGAUAACACUAUAGCAUAUAAAUGGCAUGAGAAGUUUCAAUGUAUGUAUGAAAAUUAAAGACUGGAUUAAUUGAUGGAUCUGCACUAGGUGAUCUGGAUUCUGAAUCUUUCUGAAAUUGCACCAAAAUUUUGGUCAGUCUUGAAUUGUAAUUCACUAAUAUAUGGAAAUUGUCUAAUCUUAGUGAAAUCUUUCUGAAAUUGCACCAUUUCAUCCAUCUUGUGAAAUGGGAGUGGAUAUAAAUUUAUGAUAUAUUAUGAUGGUUUUUAGAGAUAAAUUUGUGGAAGCAUUGAUGUCUAUGGGUCCAAAGUGUGCAGCUAGGAGAAUUGAUAAUGCUAUGGUCUGCAAGUGCCUUUGAAGACGAAUGAUGAUAACUGGCUGUCAAUGCUUGCCCUUCAUAAUAGUUGGGGGGUUCUCAUAGAUUGCCCGUUAAUUUUGGGAACAGUAUGCUCUGUAAUUGAGUUGAGCGAUUUUAUCCACUUUUGAAAUCUUCUAUAAGUGAGAUGGGAAUUGUGAAUCCUAUUUUGAGACCCUGAAUUUUGGUACUAAGUGUAUGGAAUAUCUCGUUUGACAGUUUUGACAAAUGCUUUCAUUACUAAGUUCCCUUCAUUAGGAGAAUAUGAACAGACAAAUGGCAGACUAAUAAGGUGCUGACUCACAUGAUGCUAUCGUUAACAGUUCAAUAAUAAAAAACAAAAACCCUGAUUUGUGUGUUCCAGCGCCUGUUUUAUGAGUUUUUAUUAAAAAUCAUAUUGUGUUUGAACUAGGGGGAGAAAUAUGAUGUCUUCUAUCAGCCAGUGAAUGACAGGUGGAAAUUCCUAGAGAAAGAAGCACUGGCGCCAUUUUAUGAGAAAACUGUUGAAAAAAUUUUCAUAAUUUCUCAGGAGAUGAACUUAGGAACUUGUUGGUUCAAUUGGGGGUUGGAUAAGAGGAGGGUAGGCACUUGUGUUGGAUUUACAUGAAUAAAAUCAUAAUUGUGAUGAAAGUGCGGAACACAUUGACAUUGAGGGAAUGUCUUUCCAAUUUGAGAAAUCGCCGCUUUCCUUUCUUGCUGAUAUGGUAUUAAUGAGAUAAAAGCUAGGGAAAUAAGGGGAUCCAUAUUCCUUGGUCAUAGAUCGUGGAAACAGUGACGAUUAAUGGAGAUGGAAGCUAGAGCACAAAACGAUGAGAAGCUUUUGCCAUUUUGAAGUGACUUAUCUGAACUGGAUUUUUUUUCCCCUCCAUGACAACGCAAUGUAUUAUUUUUCAUCGGUUGCACCUUUAAUAUUCGGACUGAGUUCGCACACCUUGUAGCUUGGAGUCAAACCAUACGAACCUGUUAUGCUCCAUCAGCCAAUGUGAUUCAGGAUCUCUUUUGAACGAGGUAACUUCUUUUUCCUUCUGAAAAAUGCAUGAUAUUAAAUUGAAAAGAUAAAAAUAAUUAAAUAUGUGGCACCAUAAUUCCAAUUAGAUGUUGUAUGUUAACUUGCUGUGAUUUUUUGGUGCAUCCCACAUCCUGUCCUAGAAAAUGCCUUAUCUCCUGAGACAUGCUUUUGUUUCUGGAAAAAGGCAUCGAAAUUGACGCAAGAAUAGAUGCCUUAUUCGAUGUUCACAUAUACACGCACACUUCGAUGAUUCCAAGUAAUGUUUCUUAUUUUACAUCUAUUUCUUAUAGAUAUCACAAGCAUCAUUGGCGCCAGAGUCAAGUUACAUUGCUAAGCCAGCUGCUUCAUGGCUAGAUGACUUUCUUGUUUGGUUAUCACCUGAGGCUUUUGGUUGCUGUCGCAAGUUUACAAAUGGGAGUUAUUGCCCCCCUGACGAUCAGGUUAUCUCUUAAGCUCAUAGGAACAAUUAUGUUUUUGUCUAUUGGGGUGUGAUGUCCAAUGAGAAAAUGUGUUUUCACCUUUUUUGACAUCCAGCGAUGAAAAUAACUCAAUAUUCAACACAAUAGUUGGUCUAUCAGAGAAACGUGACCUUAAUCCCACAACGGAAAGAGAAAACUAAGCAAGGUCAUUGUGAAAAAAUGAAAUAAAUAAUCCUUUGAAAUCAUUAAUUUUGAUGAUGUAAAUACUAGUGGAUAAAUCUUUUCUCUGGAUAAGUAAAUCAGAUCUUCUUUGAUGACUCUCUUCCGUUUUACAUUAUUUUUUUGAGAAUUUUCUCCCCCAUUGCAGCCUCCUUGCUGUUCUCCGGAUGAAGGCUCAUGUGACAUAGGAGGUGUAUGCAAAGAUUGUACCACGGUACUAUUCAUCUUCUUGCAAUUGUAUCUUGAUUUUUUUUAAUAAUGAUAUUUAAAGCUCGUUCUUAUUACUUUAUGCACUGAAUUACUGUUUCCUGUUUCAGUGUUUUCUUCAUUCAGAUUUACAAAAGAGUCGCCCAUCCACAGUGCAGUUCAGGGAAAAACUUCCGUGGUUUCUCAAUGCGUUACCGUCAGCUGAUUGUGCCAAGGGUGGUCAUGGAGCCUAUACGACCAGUGUGGACUUGAAUGGUCAUAUCUUUUCUUCCCAUUUACGCGCUUUGUAAAAUGCCAUCAGAUACUGUUAGUCAUAUCUAGUCGAAGUUAAUUGACUACAAGUUCGGUUCGUUUUUGACACGAUUAUUAUUUAAUCAGGUUAUGAGACUGGUAUCAUCCAAGCAUCAGCCUUCCGCACUUAUCAUACACCUCUUAAUAAACAGGUAAAAACGAUUAUUUGAUUUGCAAAACUUUAAUCUGGUUGUUCUAAAAUCAGGACCAUUUUGCAGGUUGAUUAUGUCGACUCUAUGAGGGCUGCACUUGAUUUCAGUUCUAAGGUUUCUAAUUCUCUGAAGGUUGGUGAAUGUUCUUUGGAUGCUCAGUUUUGUUUUUUUCUUUUAUCAUGUCCGUUUGAUACCUCAAACCAAAGCCGAUGUUUUCAAAUGAUUUCCUGCCAUGAUCUUUUCCUAUGAGCUAAUUAGCCAUUGGCGGAAAUUUGGAAUCCCCUUCGUGGUGGAGACCUCUACCUUCCAAUAGAAUAACAAGGACUGCAUAUUUCUCCGUACAAUCUGCUUGGAACUAAUAUGCUUAUGGAUUGAUCCGUGGGCAGUACUCAGUACAAACCUAAAUUUCCUCUGGAAGUCAAACUGUCAUAUUUCUGAAAUAUGACGUAAUCUUUUAAUCCAAAUGGUUCGCAUUUGUUCAAUUAUGUAUUUUAUGAUUGUGUAAAGACACAUUCACGUGUUGAAUGUGAAUAUAUGAUUAGAUAUCACAUUUGAUUGGUACCAUUGAUAGGUCAUACUAGUACGAUGCUCUUUAUCCUGGUCCUGGGCUUUACUUGGGUAUGCCCUGGAAGAUCAUUGAAACCCGAGAUGAGCCGUUAAAUGGUGAAUGUUGUUUAUCCUCAGGAAAGUGAGAGGUUGGAAAUCUUUACAGGAAGAGGAACAAGUUGAAGUCAAUCAAUAAUUAGUGAUGAUGUUGGACUAGGCUUUUUCUUUGCGCUUUUAGCAAUGCUUUCUUGGUUAUUUGAUGCAUGUAAUAAGAAAGCUGUGUCGUUAUUUCUCUGAUUAGUCGUGUUGGUCUGGGCUACUUCGAAUCAGCUAGACUACGAGAUGGAUGAUGAGCUCACAUGGGUGUCAUAUAAUGUGAAUUCUUUUGAGGAAGGUGGAACGUGAGUGAAAUGGUGAGAUUGGUGGCUAGAAAUCAUUCUGUUAUCGUGACCACCAUGCGAAAUAGUCUAUCUAUUUAGUAUCUUAAAUGACUUCUUCAGAUUAGCGGCCCGAUGACCACUUGAAGUCUCUAACCUUUUUUUUUUUCGGGGGGCACUGGGACAUAAAGGAGGGAUGGUCUCUCCCAUACAUCGCUUAUGGGGCUCUUGUGCAGAUUUCAGUUUGAGUUUUUUCUCAAUUUUAUCACAUCCAAGAUUGAUCACAAAAGUUCUUUUCAUUUCUCUGUAGAUGUCUUUUCUCGUAGGUCAAUUGAAAAGUUGUUUUUUGGUUGACAUCAAGUCAAUGCUCAUUCCAUGUUUUCAUUAAGAAACCACCACCCAUAAUUAGAUGGAUUAAAAUUUUAAGAUUGAAGAUUUCAAAUUUUCCUAAAAUGAUAUGUAUUUUCACUAUAGCUUUCAAGAUGUAUUUCAAUUUAAUGUAUCUAGGAAAGGAUUGUGAACCAUCAUUAGCUAAAUCAACAUGGAAUGUCCUUAAUUCAGAUAUGUAUUUUCAUCUGUCUCAAAUUCCAACGUGCCCACUGUGAGCACGUGAGAUGUAGAAAACCAUAUUUUCUGGAUAUCGUUGACCAUGUGAAUUGGGUGGCUUUUUCCAUCUUAUUCAAAUCUGAAAAUUUAUUUAGAAAUUUUGAAAAUGAUUGGAAACGGACCUUCUUCAGGUUUGUUCCCACUCGCUACCAUCUGGUUUCACCGCUGAGUCCCAUGUCAGCAAAAUCCGUUUCGAUCUAUGAUUUUAAAGAUUUUAUUCUUUUUACUAUUUCAAAUGUAUACAAGGGACAUUUAAUGAAAAUACAAAAAAUUCUUGAAAUUUUUUGUCUGACAAGUUGUCCGUCUACUUACAUUUGUUAUCAUUCCUAUCCACACUGACGGCGCUAUUUCUUGCAGAUUGAAAUAUUUCCGUACUCAGUUUUCUAUAUAUAUUUCGAGCAGUAUCUGGACAUAUGGAAGACUGCGUUAAUUGACAUCUCCGUUGGCCUUGGUUUGUAGUCUUAAACCUGAACAAGUCAGAUGAUCCUUCAAAUUUGUCUUUCUGAGAUCGAUAUUAAUCAUGCAGUACAGGUUUUUUCUGUAUCGAUUAUUCUGACAAGUAGGCUUAAGACUGACUCUGACCCUUGCUUAUGACUUUUUCCGCCAUAUGAUUACUGAAAUUUUUAUGGAAAAACAGAAAAGUAUUUUUCAACUUAUGCAAUCUCCCUUGAAUCACUGUAUUUACAUCCCUGGUGCCAUAAAACCAUGCUAGAUGUAAUCCGCUCUCUCAACCGUUCUUUAUCUCUAGCAAGGAUGGCAUAAUCAGGAUAGAAUCCUGAAGACAUUGAUGAUGGAAUGAAGAGGUAAAGAAGAAAGAUGCAACCCUGGGUUUAUCUGCUGCACUACAGAGAAAUCUCUCUUAAACCUACAACCCAAGUCAAGGGGUGUCAUGUGAAGCACUGAAAAGGAUGAAAUAUUGAAUAUUGAGAUUCUUUAUGAGUUAUAUGUUCUAAUAUACCCAAUGACUCGAUCAACUCCGAUAAUAAUAAUAAAAAAGGCGUAAACAGAUUCCGGAUUGUCAUUUUAGAUCCCUGAUUGGAUUCGAAUCUAGAAAACCCACCUAGGUUAAAAAAAAGAGUGUAUUUUAGUAGAAUGAGUAUAAAUAUCUUUAAUAGUUAUACAUUAUUGUUAAAACUUGUUUGCUUUAAAAUCACAUACCCCUUAGCCCCUUAAACGUAAUCGCCAAUCUUGUUCCGUAAGAAGUGAGUGGAAGAAUCCUGUCUAAGCAGUUGCAGUGGCCAUUGGAAACAAUGGUUCAUUAUGGCAGCAGUAGAAAACACCUUUUUUUAAUCUCUGUUCUUUUCGCGUUACUUUUCUUAUUCUUCUCUUCUUCGUCUUUUUUGGCCUUUCCUAGAGUAGACGUCUAGCUUAAAUCUGCCUGCUACCUCGCACUGACAGAGUCCAUGCAGUUGAAAUCAGCCAAGCUGACUGGGUUCCUUCUUUUUGUAUUUUCUCACUUGGAACCAAAUCAGGACUCCAAUUUCCCCACACCAUGCCAUGGUCUCCUAAGUGUAGGGAUGCACAAAACAUUUUCUUAGAAAAAUACAGCUCCGUUGUAGAUUCUUGGGGUCUAAAGCUUAUUCAGACGAUGGAUGCACAUCAGAAUGUGUAUGUCUUGCUGCCGCACCCACUGUCUUUUCCUCCCUUUCUUUUUGCUUUGGUGAGUGAUGGAUUGAUGUUUGACAUUUCGAAGUGACAAUGUGGGACAUGUCAUCUUUUCUUUAUUCACAAAAAAUCCUACGACCUUGCUCCCUUGAAGCUCGUCGGAUGUUCAUAUGAGGAACUCUCUUCACUAACUGAGAUAGGUCGGAGCAUCCCCGUCCAAAACUCAGACACCCCCGUCCCCUGAAGAAAAUGAGAAGAGAGAAAAUAAAGGAAAAGAAUUGGAAACCCUUAAAAAACUUUGAAGUUUUUUGUCGUACAUGAAGCUUUUCCAGAAGUCCUUCCAAAUGACUUCCAUUUAUUCUCUUCACUCAUAAUAAAAACAAUGAUUUAUGUUCUAAUAAAAAUUAUCAGAAAAUUUUAUUCAUAGCUUCAUGAUACAAAACAAUAAAGACCCAAGAUCCACUACUUUUGAAGGAAAUUUGAAAAAUCUAGUGAAUAAUAUUAGUAGGGAAGAAAUAAUAUACUUAAUCUUGUACCAAUCUUUGCAAAGGUCAAUUUGAAACACAUACAGAAAGAAUGUUCUGAGACGAAGCUCAUAUUUUUCUUUGGAAAUUUUAAUUUUAUGAGACCAAGUAAUUUUUGUGUAACUAUUCCACUUUUUGUCAUUUUGAUUUUUUUUCCUUGAACCUUUGGCUUGCACUACACGACUGACCUCUAAUAUUGCGUCAUCUAUGACGAUUCAACAGGUGCUGUCUUUAUUGCUUGCUGGGUUAUCACCUGCAGGUUGUCAUUCUUUUCCAUGCUCUUGUUUCUUUGAUCUAGACUUUUGGUUGUGUUUCGGUAUUUUCAGAGUAAUUUCUUCUUACUUAUAUUUUAGCACUGUCUAUUUUUUUCUGAUUUAAUGGAUUCAGCUUAUGGAACUCAGCAAUAAUUCUGAUAGUUCUGGCAAUGAUCGUCAUCGAUAUAAUGGUAAAUUUCUGAUGUUUUUUUAUGCUUGUUUACCCCUCUCACCGUGGUCAUUCAAUUUCUACAAGUCUUUUCUAACCGCAUAGUCUAAACAAUUUUGGGUUAUUGAUUAGAAGAAGAUAUAAUCUAUUGCAAUAUUGGCCAUAACAUUUGAUGAAAUAAGCACAACCACCGUGAUAGAAAGGAAACUUACAUUUCUUUUUUCACUUGUUUCUAGCUAUAACAUGGUCGCAUAUAUUUUUAGUGUGAUUCCCAUAAUUAGACUGAUAGCAGUAUUUUUAGGCGUGAAAUGUCGUCAACUACGGAGAGAAAGUCAAGUUUGAGAAGGACCAACUAGGUUAUACAUUUUUAAAAGUUCCCUCAAAAUCUGUAGCAAUAACCACCAGGUAUACGAUGAAUUAUCUUGAGAGGACUCUGUCUUUGUGACGACAAACUAGGCUCACUUAGUUCUAUGCUCAAAAUGCCAGUGAGGUGACGAAGAGGGCCAACUCAGGGUUCAAUGAACUGUCUUAUAAUUUUCCACUCUGACAUCUAUCUUAUUAAUGAAGCUUGAAUCUUUCUUACCGUCGGUUAAUAUUGUCUUUCUCAUCCUUCAUUCUGUUUGUUUUCUAUUUUUUUAUUUUUUUUCACUUCUCUUAUUACGUUCCUUGGAUGCAUUUGCAUGUGUCCAGUGUCUUAUCUAUAUUGCGGAUGUACUUUGAGGAAGAUGGCAUGUUUUAUUUAAUCAGGAAGGAACAUUUUUUUUUGCUAACGUGAAUAUUUUUAUGCUAUUUUAUUUCAAAGCCUAUGGCAUUGUAACCGUGAGGACAAUUAUUGUAUACUGUGGAAUGACCCCGAUAAAGAGGCUGAGAUAUCAUAUAAAAAAUGAGGAAAACUAAAAUAAUAGAUCCGUACUGGUGAACAUUUUUUAGAAAAAAUGUUCAUAAAAAGAAAGAAUUUAGACUCUUUUCUUGAGUUUGUUUUGUAUUCUCACCUGUAGUUUUUUGUUUGUGUUGUUGUUUUCAUCAUUCUUAUAGAUUCGUACCUUGCAGGGUGUAAUGGCUAUUUUGAACAUCCAAUUGAAUGCGGUUUCUAUUGUGAACCUUGUCAUGUCGAUUGGGAUUGCGGUGGAGUUCUGUGUGCAUAUAGCACAUGCCUUUUCGGUUAGUUGGCUUUCGCAUUAUUUAUUGUAGCUUCACAGACUCUCUCCCUUCCUAAGUUACAAGAAGAGCGUUUUUCUUUAACAUUGAUAUUAUGUCCUUGCUUCGUGUGUCUUUUUUGUGUCCAUAAAUAGAUGAGGGAUAUGUAUGGAUUCUCAAGAGGAGUGGAGCCUUUGGAGUCCCCUCCCUGAACUGCCAAGAUCCCUUGAGUGAAUAGAAAGUUAUAUGCAUAUGUGCAUAAUUUUUAGUUUGGCUAUCUUCAUCUAGAAUAUUUAUUAAAACAUAGAAAAAUGUGGACUGAAGAGCAUAAGCUAACAGUAAAAUUUCAAUGCCAGGGUUAUCACAAAUAUAUUAUUCACACCGUUGACAAUAAAUCUAGAAUUAAGUUGUGAAUGAGAUUGAUCUAGCAAGAAGCGGCAAGCAAAUGAUGGGGAAGAGGAAAUGGAAGAACAGGAGAAUGGAUAGAUGUGUUUAGAACUUGUUCUCGUUUUUUUCCUUUCUUACUGAAGUUUGAGGGAUUAGAUCUUGUUCUUGUGCAUCCAAGAUAUUUUUCUUGCGAAAAUUUAGAAAGAUUGUAAGUGCUUGGAACCUUUUUUUUCCCCUUUUUUCGUCAUAUCUAUGGUAUCUUGGAUUUUGGCUAUACCUUGAGAAAGUGGUCGGGAUUAUCCACUUAGCUGGAUGAGACAGUCGGUACUUAAAAUCAUGGUUAUCUGUAGUCGAGUAUCACACAUUUAUUUUGCAUAAAAUGCACCUUCAUAGCGUGUUUCUUCUUCCCAUUCUGGAGAAUGUGCGCCUCUGAUAGUAGCAGCGUUAUGCAUGAGUUGUUGUCGGUGAUGCUGACUGUUCCACUUCUUCACGGAUCAGCCAAAAAUUGACUCGUCUCACAUAUGGAUUGGCAUGAUUCAAAGAUGAAUCAAGUUGAUUUGCCUGAAUUCUCCCUUGUUAUUCCAAACCCCCCAUGCAAUCCAACCAUGGGUUGGGCGGCAAACCCAAUCCCCAUGUUGAUCAGGACCUUGAAGGAGUAUGCGGAGAUAUCUGACAGUGUAUGUGAUAGAGGCAGUCUGAUUCUUUGUUCAUUGUCGUAGGUAUUCUUCAAGAGUUAUGUGCAAAGUUUGAGUGUUUACUGCCGCACGUCCAGAGAUUUCUCUUCCUUUUGGAAUAAUCAAAUGAUAGAGUCGUAAACUCCAGAAACUUUGCUAUCACAGGCUUAUACCAUGCCUCAAGAACUGUUCUUUCCAAUGCAAUCUUCGAGUGUGUGGUGGCUAGAUAGGAGCUCAUGCUGUUCUUUCUCAUUACAGAUUAGCAGAGGGAAUCGUGGGCAGCGUGCAAAGGAAGCUUUGAGCACCAUGGGUGCUUCAGUCUUCAGGUAAAGCAAUAUUACCCUUUUUUUAUGGUUCCUUUUGAAAAGGUUCUGUUGAAUUUAUUCUUUUAUUUUUCUAUUUAUUUUCCUUCAACGAGAGCUUUAUACCGAUUUUUAUAAAAAAAAAUCAUAAAGAUUCACGUAUGUAUUUGAUAUUGACAUCAGUAAGUGGAAAGGCCUUAGUACUUGCCGAGGAGACUGGAAAGGCCUUCGAACUGCUUCUAAAGCAAUCCAGGGCCGCCUCGUUGGUGCUGGCAGAGCAAGGCGACCCCUGUUCGAGAGCGCAUAUUUCUUCCCCCUUUCGACGUUCAUGUCUUUACUGAUGUGGCUUCUUGUUCUCUUUUUGCAGUGGGAUCACGCUCACAAAGCUGGUGGGAGUCAUAGUCCUCUGUUUCUCACGAUCAGAGAUUUUCGUGGUUUGUGAACUCAAAGACUCAAAAAUCUCGUCUUCUUAUGAACAACCCACGUCGCCUUCUGAUGAUUUCGUCUGCACGCAGGUUUACUAUUUUCAAAUGUAUCUGGCUCUGGUUCUCAUUGGGUUCCUGCACGGGCUCGUAUUCCUCCCGGUGAGUAUCAGAGAUCGCCCCCUCCUCUCUCGGCCUUGGAAAAUUUUGUGUGAUCGGUGGCUCCCUCCCCAUCGUUGCAGGUGCUGCUGAGCAUCUGUGGGCCACCUUCAAGAUAUGUUCUUGUGGAGAGCAGCCCGUCGUCUGAAGAGCCGGAAACCUCGACCGAGCUCAACUGA